GACAGGGAGGGGGUUGGCGGACUUCAGAAAUAAGGGAACUUCCUAUUCCCAGCAGCCCACUACCCCAAGCCUGUUGUCUGAGCUUCUGUGCUGGGAGCACACCAGUGUCCAAGGGGCUGGAGCCCUGCUGCUUAUGAGCCCCCUCCUGCCCCUGCCAGCCAGCAGCAGGGCAGGAAAGACCCUCCGGGUGCUGCCACUGCGAGAGGCUGUGCAGAGCUGGCGGCAGUGCUUCCUGCAGCUGAAGAAAGCAGCAGAAGGGGAGUGAGUGCUUCACAGGGCACCAGCCAGUGAUGAAUCGGGAUUUCUGAGCAGGGGAUCAGAUGUGGAGAAGUGCAACUCCCCUCCCCAACAGGUGUCAGAGCAGGGUGUCAGCGGUGCUGGGGAAGCCUUAAUAAUGGCCUUAAGCCCGGUAUUGUAGCUACAGGGUCUGCUCAAAAAGCAGAGGCUCCUAGGGACCAGGGGCUCUCUUACAUGCACCAGGGUAAAUCCAGAUUAAUUUAGGACCACUCUGGUGUGAACCAGAACAGAGUCUGUCUCCAGGAUGAGGAUGGGAAAUCGACCCCAGGGUGGAGCAGAGACAGGACUGUCAUACCAGCAGAGCUGUGCACAUUGUUGUAGCAGCAUGGGCCCCCCCUAGGCACAGAGACCCUGGCUGAGCAAGGAAGGGCAGGAGAGACCGGGGUGUGCAUGGCAGGGGGUAUGCUCUAACUGGCUUCUUCUGGCCCAGCAGGUGAUGGGAACAUGAGUGAGAAUGAGGAGGAGAGCCUUUCUCAGGACAGCUCAGCCAUUGCCAGCCCCCAUGGGGCCCUUCCGGACGUUUUCAUGAGGGAGGUUUCCCCAGGGCAUGGCCAGGACCAUGGCUGCAAGGAGCCAGUGAGCGAUUCCCCUGAGCCAAAGCCGGCACCUCCUGGGGGCUGCGAGCGAAGCUUCCAGAAGCGCAAAGACACGGCCGUGCCCCAGCGCACCUUCCUGGGUGAGAAGCCCUACAUCUGCAUCGAAUGUGGCCAGAGCUUCAACCGCAGCUCAGACCUCAUCCGCCACCAGCGGAUCCACACAGGCGAGAGGCCCUAUGCCUGCCCAGACUGCGGGAAGAGCUUCAGCCGCCGCUCACACCUGGUGCAGCACCGUCGCGUGCACACCGGAGAGAGGCCCUACAAGUGCCCUGACUGCGGGAAGAGCUUCAGCCAGAGCACCCACUUGGUGCAGCACCAGCGCAACCACACAGGCGAGAGGCCCUAUGUGUGCACUAAGUGCGGGCGCAACUUCUACCAGAACUCAGGCCUGCUGCGCCACGCCAACUUCCACACAGGCGAGCGCCCCUAUAAGUGCAGCCAGUGUGGCAAGCGCUUUGGCGACAGCUCCAACCUCAUUGCCCACCAGCGGCUGCACACGGGUGAGAAGCCCUACAAAUGUGCUGACUGCGGGAAGUGCUUCAGCGAGAGCUCCAAGCUCGUCAUCCACCGCCGCGUACACACAGGUGAGAAGCCCUAUGUGUGCCCCGACUGUGGGAAAAGCUUCAGCCAGCGCUCCCACCUGGUGCAGCACCGCCGUGUGCACACUGGGGAGAAGCCUUACAAGUGCCCUGAGUGUGGCACCUGCUUCAGCGACAACUCCACCCUCAUCCGGCACCGCCGCACCCACACAGGCGAGAAGCCCUUCCAGUGCCCUGACUGUGGAAAGAGCUUCAGCCGCAACUCCUACCUGGUCUCACAUCGACGUGUGCACGUGUGGUAGGCACCACCCAUACCUCUAUCUUGCCCUGCCCUGCCAGCAUGGGCUUGGACACCCUGAAACACAGUCACAGGGGUGGUGCAAACAGCAAGGAAGCUGUGGCCAUGAUGCUUCCAGUUCCACAGACCUGGAAACCAGUGAAUGUGGCAAAGCAAUCAGCCUGUUUAUUUCUCAUCCUCUUAUUUCAGAGCGCAGGUAAAGAUGCCACCAGGUGGUUCAGCUCUGCAAGCUAUCACUGUAGGCUGCAGGUGUGUUUCACUCACCCUGCUGAUGGCCUCCUCUCUUUGGCAAACAUCCCCUACAGGGAUGAAGGAUAACUUCUGUCUGUCGGCCAGCCCCCUGCUAUCCUUUUGAACCCACGCACAAGCGUACCAGACUGGCAGCUCAGAGAGGAGCUCCCGCUCUUUUCAAUCCAGUGUCAAUGCUGAGGUCUCACCAUGAAUCAUUUUAAAUGGUCAUAUCUCUGACUGUUUUACAGUUGCUUUAUUGUACUGAAACUAUCUGGCUGAUCUGUUGAGCUGAUAUGGCUGGAUAUCCUAGAAAAGAGAAGUUGAAAAGACUUGUAACUUCUGUGAUGUACUAACUGGUGCUGUAACUGGCUCCAUGACUUCUUUGCCUGUCUAGAAGGGUGGUGAAUACCAGCAGCAGGGCCAGGAGGGGGACACUACAGAACUCCUACCUGUGCUAAAGAUGCUGAGAUGAGCCUGGGGUUUGAGAAAUUGCUGGACAUGGAAACUUGUGACUUUCUUGUUCUACAAAACUCACUACUGUCCAAGGGAUUGGGACUCCUCUUUGGAUGUCUGACGCUACUUCUUGACUCUCAAGAGCCAACAAGAAAUUAUUUUCACAUAUUUAAAAGCUACGUUUUGGGAGGGGGAGGUAGGGGAGCAUGGAGCUUUGCUUGCAGUUCCUGGAGAGGAAGGGGACUUCUUAUUCUGCUGCUCAGGGAAGAAGAGGAGAAACUUUCUAGGCUGGAGGCCUUUGUUUGCUAGGUACAAGGAAAUGGACGUCUGUGUUCACAGCUCUUUCUUCACAAACCGCUUCAGACCAGUGACUUUUUGGUUUUUACCUCCCCCAGAGUCUGACUAGGGGAGUCACCUGAAUGCUGUAUGGAUCCAGAACCAUCAGUGUCUCAUUUGAUCAACAGACUUUUGAAAGGGGAAAAGCACAUUUCAGUCUGCAGGCUCACUGUCAGCCGGACUGAAGGAUUUAGGUCAAAGGGUCAGCUAGGACUGAGUGACUUUUAUUGGUCUAACUAUUCCAAUCUCCACAUUUCAAGAAGAAACCACAGUGAAGGUCUCUGAGUGCCUGCUGCAUGGCUGAUGUGAUGAAAACCAUUCAAAGCUGAGCAACAGGGCCUGCUAUUUGAGGAAGUCCCCGCAGGCUCGGCUUGCCUGUGAGUGGAGUUUGCUUUUAUGAAACUGAACCAAUCCAAGCACUGAAGCAGAUAAAGGGAACUCAAGUCUGUGUCUCCCAAUGCAGAAAGAGCAACUCAAAGGAAAACCCUGGCAUUGAGAAUCUGGCUUCAAAGAAGCAGUGUCCGUUCCUUCCCUGAAUGCUCCUUCCCCUGCAGCUCUCAGAGCAUAUCAUAUCUGUCUACAGGCUUUGUAAAGUGCUGUGUACAUUUACCAAUGCUCUAAAGAUAUUGGUGUGAAUUUA